UCAACUUGCAAAAUGGCGACCCUGGAGAUUCGCCUGAAGAGAGUGAACAAGAUUUACCACGAAGGCGACAUUGUUAAAGGUGUUAUUGUGGUUCAAAGUCGUGGAGAGCUCUCACACAAUGGUAUUACUCUGUCUAUGGAAGGAUCUGUGAACCUGCAACUGAGUGCUAAAAGUGUUGGAGUUUUUGAAGCAUUCUACAAUUCCUUGAAGCCAAUCCAUCUGGUCAACUACUCCUUAGAGAUUGCAAAACCUGGAAAAUUACCAAAUGGCAAGACUGAACUUCCUUUUGAGAUUCCACUGAAACCCAAGGGUAACAAGCCACUAUAUGAGACAUACCAUGGAGUGUUUGUUAACAUUCAGUAUUAUCUCCGAAGUGAAAUGAAGAGGCCAUAUUUGAACAAGGACCUUCAGAGCCAAGCAGAGUUUAUUGUUGAGAAUAAGGUGACAUCUAAGAAGGUAGAGGUGAAACCUGUAGAGUUUUCUAUCACACCAGAGUCCCUUGAAAAUGUGAAAGAGAAAGCCAAGGUACCAAAGUUUCUGGUAAAAGGCAAUCUGGACACUGCUCUUUGCUCUAUCUCUAAACCAUUCACAGGAGAGCUGGAGGUUGUCAAUUCAGACAGACCUAUCAAAUCCAUUGAGUUGCAGCUUGUCAGAGUAGAAACAUGUGGUUGUGCAGAGGGAUACUCAAAAGAUGCCACCGAGAUUCAGAAUAUUCAGAUCGCAGAGGGAGAUGUUUGUCGCGGUCUCAGAAUCCCAAUUUACAUGAUAUUUCCUCGUCUAUUUACCUGCCCGACAUUGACCACUGCAAACUUCAAGAUCGAGUUUGAGGUGAAUGUGGUAAUCGUACUUCAAGAUGAUCAUCUCAUUACAGAAAACUUUCCAAUUAAAAUUAUAAGAUGUGAAAAUAACGCUGUAUGAUUCUUAGAAAGGAAUGACUCUCGCAAAGCGCCUCCUUUAGAAAUGAUUACAGGAAUGUUUUUACAAUCCAGAAAGUCUAGGGAAGGAUUUGAAAGAAACAAUGAAUGUAAGUCUCUUAUACGAAAAGAAGUAGUCUAACUUUCUGUUGGUUUUACAGGUGUUUAAAAUGUGAACAAUGUGUAGCUGGAUUAAAAAUUUUAUAUUUUAUAAAUAAGAUGAUAAUAAACGAAAAAAAUGUCUGUGAAAA